CAUUCCUAUUGCUCGACCUUUGUUGGUGAUGCAGGGGAUCAUAUGACAGACUGCUUGAUUCCAAUCAUCCAUGCUUGUAAGUACAUCCCAUCUCACCGGCCUCAUCGUCCAGCAAAGCAUUCCCAAUGUCGCACAAAAAGGCUGAACCGUUACUCGGUUCUUCUCACCGCCACUGAUGCUUGCUCCCGAUGUGUUCGCAUCUUGGCUCUUCUACGUUUCUUUUGCCUUUUGUUUCUCGAUCACCCGUGCAUGACGACCCCUGACCAUUACGCCUCAGUCACUACAGCCAUCCAACCCCCCGCUGCCAACACUGAUUAUCGCUGCAACUCAUGGCCUAAGAAGCAUGGUUGUCAGAUGAUUGACUGACUGGACACACGUACGGACCAUGCGAAUUAACAUCCCUGUAGGGCGAUGCCAAAAGUACGACUCAACUUGCAAUCUUACCAGGGCUCAUUAUGAUCAAAGCAUUAGUUUAUAUAAUGCGGCGGUUGAAUGUUUCACAAGCGCAGACC